UUAUUGAAACGUGCUUAUCGUCCGUUAGAAGUAUUUACACCGACGGGGACAUAUUGUAAAAAACUUACGAAGCGCUGGAUUUUGAUACGGUCUAUAAUGUAUGAAGAAACUUGAUUCAUGAGCUUGGGAUUCCACUUUCAUGGAUGAUUUGAAUCUACGCUUUUGUGUUUUUGAUCCUUGAAAAGCCAUGAGAAGAGCAACUUCAAUGUUGAAGCUUGCUCCCCCUUGGCUUGUUCGGUUUUCUUCAGUAUCGGCCUCCUCGUUAGUCGACGAGUUCACGAAAUUUUGCUAUCAGAGGGAUCUUCCACGAGCCAUGAAAGCGAUGGAAGCGAUGCAGAGAAACCGCCUCUGUGCUGAUGCAAUCACUUACUCCGAGCUUAUCAAGUGCUGCCUUGUUCGUGGGGGUGUAGAACAAGGUCGGCUUGUUCAUGAGCACGUUUUCUCAAAUGGGUACGAACCCAAAACAUUCUUGAUCAAUACUCUGCUUAACAUGUAUGUGAAAUUUGGUCUAUUGGAUGAAGCCCUGAAGCUGUUCGACGAAAUGCCUGACAGAAAUGUUGUCUCAUGGACGACUAUGAUAUCUGCUUACUCCAAUUCCAGUCUUAAUCAUAUGGCUUUAGAGUUUCUUAUAUUGAUGCUUAGGGAAGGCGUUCGACCUAAUAUGUUUACUUAUUCUUCUGUUUUGAGAGCUUGCAAUGGUUUGUUGAACCUCAGGCAGCUACAUGGUAGUCUAAUGAAGGUGGGGUUGGAAUCUGAUGUCUUUGUAAGGAGUGCUCUGAUCGACACUUACUCGAAAUUGGGUGAACAGCAAGAUGCUUUGAAUGUCUUUAACGAGAUGGUUACAGGGGAUUUGGUUGUUUGGAACUCCAUUAUUGGUGGUUUAGCUCAGAACAGUGAUGGGGAUGAAGCUUUACAUCUUUAUAAGAGAAUGAAAAGAGCUGGUUUUGCAGCUGAUCAAUCUACAUUAACUAGCGUCUUGCGAGCCUGCACUGGGCUAGCGCUCUUAGAAUUGGGCAGACAAGUCCAUGUCCAUGUAUUAAAGUUUGAUCAAGAUCUAAUCCUAAACAACGCACUUCUUGACAUGUAUUGCAAAUGCGGCAGUCUAGAAGAUGCAAACCUUGUUUUCACAAGGACAAUGGCAGAUAAGGAUGUCAUCUCAUGGAGCACCAUGAUUGCAGGGUUAGCUCAAAAUGGCUUCAGUACAGACGCACUCAAAUUGUUUGAAUCAAUGAAACUUAGAGGGCCAAAACCAAAUUACAUCACUGUUCUUGGGGUUCUUUUUGCUUGUAGUCAUGCAGGGCUUGUCAAAGAUGGAUGGUACUAUUUUCAAUCUAUGAAGGAGCUUUUCGGGAUCGAUCCUGGAAGAGAGCACUAUGGUUGUAUAAUCGAUCUUCUUGGACGAGCUGGGAAGCUUGAUGAAGCUGUGAAGUUGAUCCAUGAAAUGAAGCAUGAACCAGAUGCAGUAACAUGGCGAAUCUUGCUUGGUGCUUGCAGAGUCCACAAGAAUGUGGAUUUAGCCAUAUAUGCUGCUAAAGAAAUUCUGAAACUCGAUCCUACCGACGCGGGGACGUAUAUAUUGUUAUCAAAUAUUUAUGCGAAUACUCAGAAAUGGGAAGAUGUUGCUGAAGUUAGGAGGAGCAUGAGAGCCAGGGGAGUGAAGAAAGAACCAGGAUGCAGCUGGAUUGAAGUGAGCAAACAAGUACAUGCCUUUAUAUUGGGGGACAACUCGCAUCCAAGAAUAGAAGACAUAAAGAGGGAGAUCAGCCGAGUAAUCCAAAGAUUAGUGUCAGUGGGCUAUGUUCCUGAUACAAAUUUUGUGCUGCAGGAUCUUGAGGGAGAACAGAUGGAGGACUCCCUUCAAUAUCACAGCGAGAAACUGGCAAUUGUGUUUGGUUUGAUGAGUUUGCCAAAGGAGAAGACCAUUCGAAUUAGGAAAAACCUUAGAAUCUGUGGGGACUGUCAUCUCUUUGCAAAGCUUGUCGCGCAGUUGGAGAAUCGAGUCAUCGUCAUUCGAGAUCCCAUCAGGUACCAUCAUUUUCAGGAAGGUUUAUGCUCUUGUGGUGAUUACUGGUGAUAUAUGAAAACACUGAAAAUUUAGUUAAAAUUCAUUAUUCUUGAUAGACAUAUGGUCUCAUGAUCUUAGUGUAGCAACUAUUCUGAAUAUCAAGCUAGUU